AUGGCAGACUCAUCACAGUCACAAGCAGACACACAAGCGCCUCUCGACCCAACUACAAUGAGCAAUGGAGCGAACACAGAACUUCCGGUCCUCCCUGGACAACCUCAAGAUCCUGCAGGCCUGAUGGCAUCUAUGGCAGAUCCAACCAUGAUGCCUGUUUUACCUCCUAUGCAGUCCAUUUCAGCAGAUGAGAUAGCCUUGUACGACCGCCAGAUCCGGUUAUGGGGUGUAAAAGCGCAAGAGAUGAUUAGGAAUGCAAAUAUUCUAUUGAUUGGUAUCAGAGCGUUGGGGAACGAGAUCGCGAAGAACUUGGUUCUAGCAGGAAUAGGAAGUCUUACUAUCCUUGAUCACGAGAAUGUGAUCGAAGAAGAUCUGGGCAGCCAGUUCUUGAUAACAGAGGAAAAUAUCGGCAAGAACAGAGCAGAAGCUGCGGCUGUAGAGCUCAGAAGAAUGAAUCCUAGGGUCAAUGUUAUCGCUGACCAGGAAGGGAUCAUGACAAAGAUGCCGCAGUAUUUUGCUGCAUUUCAGAUUGUUAUUGCGACCAGCCAGCCUUUCGAGAUGGCUUCUACGAUCAAUAUGUCGUGUCGAAUGUUCAACACCAAGUUUUAUGCUGCCGAUCUGCAUGGUCUAUAUGGUUAUGUCUUCUCUGAUCUAAUCAUGCACUCCUUCGUGAUUGAGAAGGAUAAGUCAAAUAUUCCCUCCAAAGCUGGAACGGCAGAAACAUCCACAAGGAUGGUCGUGCACGUGGAAACCAAAAAGGAAAACAACAAACUCAGAGAGAUCGUGACGAAGCAGGAGAUGUAUUGCCCUCUAAUGCUUGCCAAUUCGUCACCACUUCCCCCAGAAACUAUCAGAUCAAGGAGAGCCAAAAUGAGAGUUCCACCACUCAUUUCAUGCUUGCGCGGCCUCUUUGACUUCCAGAAGCAGACCGGCAGACAACCGAGUGGCAGGUCAGAAGAUCUUGCUUUGUAUACAAAGAUUACCAAUGAAAAGCAUCUGGAAUUACAGCUACCUCAUGAGACACUGACCGCUACAGUGUUUCGAAUGUUCCUACAAAAUCUAGGCACAGAGAUACCGCCGACUGCGGCUUUCCUUGGAGGUCAGCUAGCUCAAGACGUGAUCAACGUGCUCGGUAUGCGAGAGCAGCCUUUGCAAAAUCUACUACUGUUCGAUGGUGAUGACUUCAAGUGUCCGAUUUAUAGCCUGCAGCCCGUCUUCGAUCCUUCUCUGUCCAUGAUGGAGCCAUUGGAUGUGGGCAUGGCACCGGGGAUGGGUGUCAAUGGUAAUGGUUCAAUGCCAACGACGAACGGAGGAGGUCCCGUCUCAGACACUACACAAAUGCAGGACGAUGCACAUCAGGCUCAGGGUUAG